AUCGUCAUCGUCAUAGUAUGUAUAGUUUAGUAUCUAUCUACUACUACUAACAGUCAACGAACUGUUUAUCAUCUCAACCUUCCUCCUCCUGUAACGCCUAAACAAGCUCUUUCUCUGAGCUCAAUGGCAAGCUCUGAAGAAAACGACAAACCCAUAUCCUUCUACGACACGUCUUCGCCGUCUCAACCCCUCCUUUCCAAACCAGCUUACCCUUCUUCACCUCCGCCCGAAGACCCACCUCCCCAGUUGCCGCCACCUCUCGGCAACUCACCUGAAUCUGACUCCUCCCAGUACCUUCAGAUCUCAUACAACUACGAUCCCAGACCCUUCAAGGACCUUCCUUUCCUCAUAAUUUUCCUCUUCUUCGUUCUCUGCACCUUCGGUUUCGGUAUCUUCUCAAUCUUUCAUCGAAAUACCAACUACUCUAACCUCUCCUCCUUCAGUUACGACUCCAAUUCCACGUCUUGUGUGAAGGACUCUGUUUCUUUUUCUAAUUCUGAGAAUUGGGUUUUCUUCGUUUCUACCUAUUCUUCUUCGCAUGUUUUGAAAGAUUUGAUAUGGACCCUUGUAAUUACGCUGAUUUUGAGUGUACCCAUUUGCUUGGCUUUGCUCCUUUUACUCAAAUAUUACACCAAACACCUUGUGUACGCCACUCUUCCCUUCUUCAUUGUGAUACCCAUUUUCUUCAACGUUUAUUGGUUCGUGGUCUGCACUCUUAGCUCGUCUUGCAGCGACUCCUUUCCGUUAGUUUACAGGAUCCUGGUUUUGGGAUUUGUGUUUUUGAUCGUUGGGAUCAUUGUGUGGAUCUUUGUGGCUAAUUGGAAUAGAAUAGAGUUAACUGUGAGCAUAAUUGGGGUGGCCUCCGAUGCUCUUUCGAGGAAUUUAGCUUUGUUUGGGGUCCUGCCUUGUAUGACAUUAGGACUGGUGAUUUACUAUGCGCCAAUUGUUGUUUUCUUGGUUUUUGCAAGGCUGAAUGGAAAAAUUGCGCCGAGGGAAGUGAAUGGAGAAUAUACUUGUGUGUGGAAGCAAGAUGGUUGGGUACCUGCUUACUAUGCUUUGGCAAUUCUAACAAUGUUGUGGUCUUUGGCUGCAUUGGCAGAAGCUCAGGUGUUUGUGAUCAGUGGGACUAUUGCACAGUGGUACUUCAGUAAGGAGGAGUCAACUCUCAAACGUACUAUUAGAAGCUCUUUGAGAAAUGCAUUUGGCCCCUCCUCUGGCACUAUCUGUCUAUCGGGCUUACUUAUAGUUGUUGUUCGAGUGGUACGAGCUGUUGUUGACAGUGCUAGACAAGAAGACAUUCCUGGGUUUGUGAACCUUAUAUUACGUUGCUGCGUUAAUGCGUUACUCUCUGCUGUUGAUUUUCUUAACAAGUUCACAAUCAACUUCGCUGCAAUAACUGGAGAAGCUUAUUGCUCAUCUGCAAGGAUGACAUACGAGCUUCUUAGACGUAAUCUUCUUUCUGCUGUUUUUGUGGAAACUAUCUCCUCUCGCUUACUAGUUGGAAUUGUCUUCGUACUCUCAGCAAUAUAUGCAAUUGCGACUUGGGCUAUCUUGAAGGGUGUAAGCGAUCUAGGGGGUGACUCGUACCUUGUGGCUGCACUGGCCUGGCUGCUGCUAAUCUUGGUGUUGGGUUUCUUUGUUCAUGUACUGGAUAAUGUGAUCGAAACCGUCUACAUCUGCUAUGCCGUAGAUAGAGACAGAGGAGAAGUGUGUAAACAGGACGUUCAUGAGGUUUAUGUUCAUCUCCCUAUUAGCAGAAACCAUAGACCAUCUCUUAUUAAUGUUUAGAUAGACUAAUCGUUGAUUUGCAAACCCCAUUCAUUGUUUGUUGUCCUGUGUUUGUUCCUCUUUGUUUGAAGUACAGUUUUUUUUUUACCAUUUUGCAUAGCCUUGUAAAGUUUCAAAUUUUGAAGUUCUAAUAAAAAGAAAUUCUUCUGCUCA